AUGGGUGAAGAUGACGAGAUCCUGACCGUUAUCAGAAGAGUGGAUGACAACUGGGCAGAAGGCAUGCUGGGAGACAAGAUUGGGAUUUUCCCCUUGCUAUAUGUGGAGCUCAACGACUCAGCCAAGCAGCUCAUUGAGAUGGACAAGCCAUGCCCAGCGGCUGCAUCUGGCUGCCACGCCCCCUUGCCCUCUGACCCUGGCGCGGCAUCCAGUGUGCCCCCAGGACCCACAUUAAGCAGUACGGGGGCGGUCAGUGCCUUUCAGCGGCGUGUGGACAGCAAGAAGAAUGCCAAGAAGCGCCACUCCUUCACCGCGCUCAGUGUGACACACAAGUCCUCCCAAGCCACAAGCCACAGGCACUCCAUGGAAAUCAGCGCUCCGGUCUUGAUCAGCUCCAGCGAUCCCCGGGCUGCAGCCAGAAUCGCAGACCUGGCUCAUCUGUCCUGCAGUGCUCCCGCCCAGGACUCCUCUUCCUCGGCCGGACCCGCCCCAGCAACUGAACAGCAAAGCACAGCUCCCAAAGUCCAGCUGCCCCUCAACGUGUACCUGGCGCUCUAUGCUUACAAGCCCCAGAAGAACGAUGAGCUGGAGCUGCGGAAAGGCGAGAUGUACCGGGUCCUAGAGAAGUGUCAGGAUGGCUGGUUCAAGGGGACGUCCCUGAGGACUGGGCUGUCUGGGGUGUUCCCAGGAAACUACGUGACACCCGUCUCCAGGGCUCCUGUAGGAGGGGCUGGGCCACCCCGGAAUAAUGUCGUUGGAGGGUCUCCGCUGGCCAAAGGGAUGGCCACAACCAUCCACCCAGGUGGUGGAAGUCUGAGCAGCCCAGCCACUGCCACAAGGCCGGCCCUUCCCCUCACCAUCCCCCAGGCCCAGCACCAGGCAGCUUCUCCCCCGAUGAGCAGUUGCCUGCGGCACACAGCCCAGCCAGCCACCAGCCAAGCCCGGGGCACUGUCCCCACAGCUGCCCACUCUUCAGCCCAGGCCCAGGACCGACCAACGGCCACCGUGUCGCCCCUGCGCACCCAGAACUCCCCAUCCCGCCUGCCCGCCGCCAGCCUCAGGCCCCACUCGGUGGUGUCCCCGCAGCACGUGCACCAGCCUCCCGUGCAGACGGUCAUCGGGGCCCCGUGCCCCCGACCAGCCAUCCCACUCACAUCCGCAGCGUCCGCCGUCACACCUCCCAAUGUCAGUGCCGCCAACCUCAACGGGGAGGCCGGAGGGGGGCCUGCCAGUGGCCUGUCAUCGUCCAGCCCCACCAACACUGGAUGCAAACCAGAUGACAAGAAAAAUGAAAAGAAAGAGAAGAAGAGUGGGCUGCUGAAGCUUCUCGCUGGGGCAUCCACCAAGAAGAAAUCUCGCUCCCCACCGUCCAUCUCUCCAACCCACGACCCCCAGGUGGCAGUGGACACCUCACUCCAGGGUGCAGUGGGGCCCGAAGUGUCCUCGCUGUCCAUCCACGGCAGGGCAGGGUCCUGCCCCAUAGAGAGCGAGAUGCAAGGUGCCGUGGGCAUGGAACCACUGCACAGAAAGGCGGGCUCCUUGGAUCUGAACUUCUCCUCAUCCCCCUCCAGGCAAGCACCUCUCUCCAUGGCUGCCAUUCGUCCUGAGCCCAAGCCUUUGUCCAGGGAGAGGUACCGCGUGGUGGUCUCGUAUCCUCCCCAGAGUGAGGCGGAGAUUGAGCUGAAGGAAGGCGACAUUGUCUUUGUGCACAAGAAGCGGGAGGACGGCUGGUACAAGGGGACCCUGCAGAGGAACGGCCGCACCGGUCUCUUCCCGGGCAGCUUUGUGGAGAGCUUCUGAAGACACGCUCCCCACACCCCGCUCCCCAGGCACGAAGGCUCCCCGAGAUCCCCAGGGGGCAGAGAGAGGCAGUCAGGCCACGGAGGGUCCAGGUCCCUUUCGAGGCUCCUGGCGAGGCCACCCUGGACGGGGACGGGAGCCGGGGGAUGUGGAGGUCGUGCCUUUGCCCACAACCCCCCACCAAGAGCACACCCUGGGGGUCAUUCUCCGACAAAAUGCUUCCCUCUGCGUAAACUGUAAAGAAAUAUCUUUGAAAAGAGAAGCUGCUGAUGUGGGUCGAUUGGCUCUGUGACGGACUGCUAAGCGGCAGCAUUCUUGUUCGCUGCCCACACGAGCCUGGAAGCUGCGGAAGGGCUGCAGGGCUUGGGUGGCGGGCACGGGGCCCAGGGCAUUGGCAGAAUGUCUUGACGAGCUGCCCUGGGCUUCUCGUGGGGGGUCCAGAUUGCUCCAUCACCUCUCUAUAUACCUCAGUCGCCUGCCACCUGGCUACUCAGCAGGGGUGUUCCCGGCGCAGGGCCUUGGCCGGGUGGCCAGCGUCCCUGGGGCAGCCCAGCACGCAGCUCCUGUUGGAGGCACGAGAUCGCACUUGGCUUCGUCUCCUACCCAUAUUAUAAGCCACACGUUUCGUUUUGCCGCCACUGUCCCUUUGCAUUGCUUCUUUCUUACAACAUCUUUUUAAAGUAAAGCUGUUAGACUUUCUAUAUUUCUAAUAGGUCAUACAUUGCCUAUUUUUCAUACAUCUGGUGCUGCCUUUUUGUAAAACCAGUUUUGACUUGGUUGAGCUUGAAAGAAAAAAAUGAGCUGAUAUCAAGUGGGCAGAAUUUUUAUAUGUACCAUGUGAAUUUUGGAAAACUCUGAAAAGCCCACAUACUUAACAUCAGUGCUGGCUACUGGUCUGUGAAGAAGAGGGAACCCAUUUAAGUGGUUGGAGGGAGUUUGGAAAAAGCCAAUUUCUUUAAACCCUUACCAAAGCCCCAUGCUAUGUCUAGACAGUGGUAAUUAUUAUUCAAGAACUGGAACCAUUUCAAGGAAGGGUCACUAUAAUUGCCUUUUGUGUGGCAGUAAAAAGAACAUGAAGGUCAACCCCAGCCUAGGAAGGCAGAAUUUUCCUUUUAUUGCUUUAGAGAAAAUGACUAAUGCUAAUGCAUUAUCAAAAUAUGAUUUCUCAGUACUGAAACGUGCAGUUUUCAACCACAGUUCAGAUUUACCACCUUGUGACGGUUUUGUCUUUUUUUUUUUUUUUAAAUAAAUGCUUCCCUAUCAGGCAGUACAAAUGUUGGUGUAGAGACUGGAAGUACAACGAGGAGAAAAGGGAUUUGAGCCAUUGCUGCAGACUUGCAGAAUCCAAGGGAGCCGGGAGGAGAGAGAGGGGAAGGGGCACCUUUGAUCCUGGGACCUUGCCCUGGACAGGGUCCAUCAAGGCCUCUUCCUGAGCCCAGCAGCCCAGCCCUCCCACAGACACGGACGGGAGAAGCCCUGUCAUGAGGCAGUCUCGUUCUCAAGAGAGUCAGACCUUAAGGAUAGGAAUGUUCCUAUCAGCUCAAAGUCACAAUUCAUAAGCCCCUUCUCUCUUUACUGUUAUAAAGCCACUCAAGUUUAAAUUAGGCUGACUAAAUUAGCCUUUGGUAACAUAGGAUCGCCUGGUUUUCAAAGAUGCAACAAAAUCCAGAAACACAUUCCCUCGCUUGAUGCCAAAUACCCUCUGAAAUACCAAAUACUUAUUUUCAGAGUUCCUAAUUUGGGGAUGUGACUUGGCUAUCUGUUACCUCCAGGUGGCUACCAUGCUGGUGGGAUCACGCCUAGACAAAGGCUCUUCUCCUCUCUCCAGAUGAUCAUAGAUUUAAGAGACUUGAGAAAUUUGUUCUGAAUCAAAGAAACACAAAAUCCAGCUUAAACCCAGGGAGCCCUGGACAUGAGUUAAUGACAACCAGAAGGUAUCCACUUACCAUUGAUGCCAAAUGAGUCACCUGCCAGGCACAAAAAUCAUGUGCGUGUUUAAAAUAAUGCCAUCACCAAAAAUGUGCAUGGAUUAACAUGCUGAGUGAGACACGGGUUCCCCAGGGAGACCAGAACUAACUCAAAUCCCCAGAUAAUAAGGAAAUCUUUUUUAAAAACAUGAAGGCAGUUACCAAGCAACAAAACAGACUAACUUGGACCUUAUUUCCUCUCCCAGCCACCGCCCACACGAUGCUCGUGGUAGGUGGGAAUCGCUGAACAGCCUAGUGAGGCAGCAGCAACCAGCACCCCUCACGGCAGAGAGCUGGGGCCAGCGUCCAGUGCCUUUGCAAGGCAUCAGCUGGCCUCUCUUGUGGCAGAGUUGGGGCAGGCAUUGGUAUGACCUCGGGAAGGAAACAAGGCCAUGCGCCAACCAUCACCAGGACAUCCUUUGGGGUGGGACUCCCAGACAGCAGGGAAGUGCACGACCAGCCCCCACGCUCUGGGCUGCUGGCAAACACAUCCCGCCAAAUCCAUCAGCCUUCGUGACCAUUUAGCCCACAGACAAGAGCAGGAGCAGAAUUAGACCCUUUGGGCCAACUUGCCCUGAAGAACAAACUCAUUUUGGCUACUAAGAUGAAACCAGCACUUUGUCUGAACCCUCACAUUCUACCCUGGUCCAGCAACUUACACUUCUUGGUUAUCAGUGGCAUUUGGCAGCCAAGGUGACUCACUUUGAGGAAUGCAGUAGAGUCCAUAGCCACCACUGAGGUCAGCGGACACUGAAAUGACGGGGAUAUCUGGUCCACCAAAGGGCCUCAGAAGUGGAGUGGGGAGACCGUGGGCAAACAAUUCCCUGGCAGCCUCACUGUGUGAAUACCAGGCUCUGGCACCCCAAACAAGCUCAGCUGCCUGGCUGGGAAGUUCUUUGUACUUUGCACAGUUCACACACACACAUACACACACACACCAAUGAUUUUGUUAUACACAAAUGUCAGCGUGUGAUUUUGGAAGAACUGACAGUGACGACAAACUAUGAUGCCUGUGUUUCUGAGUCUUUAAAUAAAAAUGAACAUGGAGAGG